AGAAAGAAAUAAAACGGAGGAAAAGAAAACUCUAGAGUGUCGAGAAAUUAUAGGAGAAACUGAAAUGAUACACAGUUGGCAAAGCGAGAAGGUUCCACAUAAUGCAUAACGGCCAUUCAACACGCGACGUAUCUUCACCUUUCCCAUACUCAUCGUCGCCCAGAGCGAUAACCGCUCUUCUUCUUCUUUUACCCCUAUUUCCCCCAACCUAUAACCAAUCCAGACCCAAAACCCUAAUUUUCCUCUCCCUCUCUCUCUAUUCAUCUUUUCCCUCGCUCUCAAAAGCAUUAAACAUAAGGAAUACAAAAAAUGUGGGCCCAUCCGUAUCGAAAGAGUGACGUGGAGGCGGGAGCCAGACCUCUAUAUCCAAUGAUGCUCGAGAGCCCGGAGCUCCGUUGGUCCUUCAUAAGGAAAGUAUAUUCGAUUUUGUGCAUUCAGUUGCUUGCCACAAUUGCUGUUGCUUCCGUCGUCGUUUCUGUCCGUCCGAUUGCUACUUUUUUUGUUACCACUGGCGCUGGAUUGGCUCUUUACAUUGUCCUCAUUAUUAUGCCAUUUAUCGUUAUAUGCCCGCUGUAUUACUAUCAUCAGAAGCAUCCGGUGAAUUACCUUCUUCUUGGGGUUUUUACUAUUUCUCUUGCGUUUGCUGUUGGAUUAACUUGUGCUUUUACCAGCGGGAAAGUUAUUCUGGAAUCAGUGAUUUUGACUACUGUAGUGGUCUUGAGUCUCACGUUCUAUACCUUCUGGGCCGCAAGGAGGGGCCACGACUUCAACUUCCUUGGUCCCUUUUUAUUUGGUGCCAUCAUGGUUCUUAUGGUUUUUGCUCUCAUCCAGAUUCUCUUUCCGUUGGGUAGAAUCUCUGUCAUGAUCUAUGGGUGUUUGGCUUCAAUCAUAUUCUGUGGGUACAUCAUAUAUGACACAGACAACCUAAUCAAGCGCUUCUCCUAUGAUGAAUACAUCUGGGCUGCAGUGUCUCUCUAUUUGGACGUGAUUAAUCUCUUCCUUUCAUUGCUUACAGUCUUCAGGGCUGCUGAGAGUUGAGAAAUUGAUGAACUUUUGUAAAACAGAUGUUAUCAAAUAUGUAUAAGUGCUACCAAGGUGCUAUUUUUCUCCCGGCUUCCUUGGGCUCUAGGGCAAAUGCCUACAUUGUUUGAAAAUUCUGUUAAUAGUGAUGAAUAGUUGAGAUAACACUUCACAACUCUCAGACUCUCUUGUAUUUUCCAAUAGUCUUGCAGUUUGCUCCUAAUAAGUUACAGCAAUGUAAAGCAAUGACUCUCCUCAUGUACAGUGACAAGAUUAUUGCAGCAUGACCUUAUUUAGUUUAUGGCCCUCGUGAA